AUGCCUCUUGGUUUGUUUGGUGGCGGAACAAGUUCGAACAAGCCACAGGUUCUUGGAAAUGAAGGAAGUUCUUCGAAAAAAGAGUCGAAAACUCUGAAUGAAAAUAAUUGUAAAGGUGAGACCUUUUUCUGACAAAUGAAUAAUAAAAAAAUGAAAAUAAAAUCAAUAAAAAUUCCAACAAGAAAAAUUUCACGUGUUCACGUGAACUUUCCCAAAUUUUAUUUAUCAAAACCUAGUCAUUGUUCAAAAAACGUUCUUAUAAAACCGGUUUUUUCCAGGAGUUACUCUGAAACUCACAAACACUCAAGUAACAAUAGAUAAACAAUUAGCUGAAGGCGGUUUUGCAAUAGUUUAUGUGGUGACUGACAAGAAAAAUCGAAAAUUUGCUUUAAAACGACAAUUUGUAUUGGAUAAUCAGAAACAAUUGGAUGCAUGUAUUAGAGAAUGUAAAAUUGUGGUAAGUUAAAUUAAAAUUUAAAAAAAAGAAAAUUGAAGAAAAUAUUUUUUUCAGAGUGAUUUGCGUGGUCACAAAAAUAUCAUAGAAUAUGUUGAUCAUAUGAUUAGUAUGAAUAAAUAUGGGCAAUAUGAUUGUAUGCUUCUCACUGUUUAUCAUAAAAGUGAGUAUUUUAAUUAAUUAUGAUUCAUGAUAUAAAAUAAUAAUGAGAUAACUUUAGGAAAUGUGUUGCAACUGAUGAAUGAAAGAAUAUCGAAUAAUCUUCAUCUUUCUUCAACUGAAAUUCUGAAUAUAUUCUGUGAUAUGUGUGAAGCAGUCUCCCGUCUUCAUCAUUCAAAUACACCUGUCAUUCAUCGUGAUUUAAAAGUUGAAAAUAUUCUAAUCGACGAGAGAAAUCGGGCAGCUCCUCCUAUUUUCGUUCUCUGUGAUUUCGGAAGUGCAACUACAAAAGUAAUGUCGAUAAAUAAUCAGCCAGCAAGUGUUAUUCAAGAAGAAAUCGAGAGAAAUACAACACUUUGUUAUCGAUCACCUGAAAUGAUUGAUAUUUAUAGUGGACAACCAAUUGGAAUACAAUCUGAUAUGUGGUCUUUAGGUGUUAUGUUAUAUCGUUUAUGCUAUUUUUCAUUACCUUUUGAAGAGUCUGCGUUGGCAAUUCAGAAUGGUAAUUAUACUCCAUUUCCAACACAUCCUGAUUAUCCAGCUGCAAUUCGUGCAAUUAUUUGUGAGUUUUUAUUUAUUUUCGUUUUAUUGUUAGAAAAUAAAAAUUCUUGGGAACAACUUUUAUUAUACUUUCAACAUAUGUUUAUGCAGAUCUACUUCUCGAUGUUGAUAUCUCUCGUCGUCUUCCAAUAUUCGAAUGUUCGAGUCUCGCAUUUGAAGCAUAUGGUAAACCACUGCCAAUUGAAAAUGUUCAUGUGAGUUCUCUUUUUUUUUCAAAAAACACAUCUAGAUCUUUCCAGGGUGUAAAAAUUCCGUCACUUGAACAAGCUAUUAUUCUGUUAAAAGAAGGAAAACCAAGAAAUUCUCAUAACUUUGUGAAUCCUCCAAAACAAGCAGAAGUAAUUGAAUCGAAAGUUGAGGAGAUUCUAAUUUCAACCAAAGAACCGACAAUUUCCCACAGUAUUACAACAUCGGUGAAUCCGAGGUUAAGACCGAAAGCUGCAACUACCAAUAUUUUACCAGUAAUUCCGGUGAGUUUUCUGAUAUUUUUUACCUCACAAAGAAAUCGAUAUAAAAUUUCGCCCAAAAAAUUCCGCGCCCACCAGGAAUCGAAAAACGUUCUUCUAAAUUUCUGAACUGUUCUCCCACCUCUUUCUAUUUUUUCUUUUAUUCGGGAUUUCUGUAAUAAUUAUUGACGAAAUUCCAAUUCGUAGUAUUUAGAAUUUGUACUCUGAUAUAUUUUUGUUUUUCAAUAACAAAUCUUCUCACAGAUAUCUUCAAUUGCCAAAUCCGACCAUCGACAAUCAUUUUCUGGAGAAGAUAUGGAAGCGAAAAAAGUUGCUGAAGUUGGUCCAUUGUCUUGUCCGCUUUUGGAACCUGCAGAUUUGGGAUUCACAGAUCUAGGUUUUUAUUUCUUAUUUUUUGAAGAGUAUCAUCCUUCUCAUCGGUAUUUUUUCAGUCUUGGAAAAUCCCGCAAUUCCACGAGAUCGUGCUAAAACUGAUUCGACACAUCAACGUCCGCCAGAAAUGUUUUCGAAUCCAGAACCGCCUGCAACUCCAGCUGUUUCUACAAUUCAACAACAACAUCGACGAAAUGUCAGCGAUACGACACAAAUUUCAAAAAGUGCUUUCAAGUGAGUGAUUUUGAUGAUUUUUAGAGGAAGAAUUCGGGGGACACGGAAAUUAGGGGAAUUUUUUUUUAAAAAUAUUUUCCAAAAUCAAUCUUUCAAGAUUACGAUUUUUAAUUAUAAUUUAUGAAGUUCAAAAAAUUCCCUGAUGAUUGUUUAAAGUUCCGAAAUAAAAAUAAAAUUUUGAAUUUUUUGAACCACGUGGAUCAGGGGUGGGGAAAAUGUCAUGGCCUCAUGUUGUCCUGUCCUUGAAUAUGGCCUAAACUUGUCCUGGCUCGAACAUGGCUUGAACAUGUCCUAAAGCCAUAUGCCCAACCUGUCCUCGCGUGAACAAAAAUUAACAAAGAAAUUUUUUUCUGCAUUAAAAAAAAUAAAAUAUAAAUGCGAUCUUCUUUUUUCGGCGUGUUUUUUUUCGACUAAAAAACAAACCUGUCCAGGACAGGACAGAUAGCCAGGUUUUCACGUGGACCUGUCAUGGCUUAUGUUCUUACCACCAAAGCCAACAUGAGGACAACGUGAGGCCAGUUUCCCCACCCCUGACGUGGAUAAACAUUAGUGAUUUUCAUCUGAAUCCUUCAAAAUUCCCGUUUUUUUGCAGACCAUACAACCAAACAGCUCCGGUUUCCUCAAAUGUUCGAAGUGUUGAAGAUAUGAGAAAAUCAUCGAAAAAUGAAAUAAUCGGAGAAUGGAAUCCUUUUCUAGCCGCACCUUUUGUUAAUUCCCCAUUCUAUCAACCAGAUGACAACGCAUUCAAACAAGUUUAUCCCAACAAUUCAAUCUCGGAUGUGUUAAAAGAUGAUAAUGAUGAUUGUUCUUCGAUUGAUUCACGUGAUCCAUUUGGUGCAGCUCCAUUUGAUCAAAUUACAUCAAAAACAGGUACAUCCUCAUCAAUUUACCCAAAAUUAUAUUUUGCUAAUUCCCCAAAACCACCGGUAAUCCCGCAAAGAACCACUUCAAAAUGGCAAGCAUUUCAAAAUUGAUUUGAUUUGAUUUAGUUGAAUGUUGUAAAUAUGUAGAUAUGAUGAAUCCAGCUUUAUUUUUGUCCAGUGAUUUUGUAUGCAUGAUGAAUAUUAUAAUUAUUCUUAUCCACUCAUUCUUAGAAGUUUCAGAUGAGAAAGAAGAAGUUGUCGAAAAAAUUGAAACUGAUGGAAAAGUUAGAAGAACUAAGAAAUUGGCGACGAAUAAUGUGCAAGUAAGAAAACAACUUUUAACAACUACGUUUCAAUCUGAAAACAUAAAAAAUUCUAGACUGAAACUGAUAGCGAAGUGGAUGAACAAAGAAUGUAUGCACGACGUCGGUAUAGUUAUGAAAAUAUUGAUGGAGUUGGAGAUGAUGCGAGUAGUGAUAGUCGAGGAAAAACAGAUCGAGAUGAUUCGGAAGAUGAUUAUUAUGAUGAUGAAGAUCGAAGAGCUGCGAGAAAAACGAAGAGACGAGUUGAUGAUAAUACAUCACAUGAAGAAGAUGAUGAUGAAGAUGAAGACGAAGAGGACACAUCUUCGCAGAAUACUGUUGGAAGUGAAGAUGGGGGAAGUCGGCCAUUGUUAGAGGAUGAUGGAUUAGAGGAUGAGGAUGAGGUAAGGUUUUUUGGUUACUUGUCAUUCUCAUUCAAUUUUUCAAUUAUAUUUUCUAACAAAAAAUUGCUCAUUUUCAUCGCUGUAAACAUAACUUUUAGACUGAUUCUGAAAAUUUUGAAAAAAAUCUUGUCUGGAAUUUUCAGAGUUUCACAUCAAACUCUAAAUCCCAGUCGAGCUUUAGAUUCAAGCUAACAUGAAGAUGAGUUAAAUUUUAUUUAUUUUUUUUGAUCAUUUCUGAACUCCUUGUGAAUUCAAAUCGGAAUGUUUUAUCUGAAAUUACUAGAAUAUAGGUAGAUUUUUAAAUAUAAACAUAAUUUUUAGGGUUAUAUAAUUCCAAAAAAAAUUGAAAACAAAACUUUUGGAAAAAAACCAAAACUCAGCCUAGUUUUAGAUUCAAGCUAAGUCCAUCGUAAAUUCCCCAUUUUUUCCAGAAUGAAUAUUUGGCAGCCAUCGAAUCUCAAUUAAAUGCGCCGAUUUUUAUUGGAACAAACAAUUGUACAAAUCCAUUUUUACGCGAUGAAUUGACACCGAAAAUGUUGUCACCGAAUAAUCUUGUGGUUAGUUUGAGGAGAGGGAGUGAAAUGAAAGAGAUUAGAAAUGAAAAAAACUUGAAAAAUUUCACGUUUUUAUAAAAUUUUUAUAAAAAGAAAUUUCAAGACUUGCUCACGUUGGAAAAUCUGCAAUUUGAAGAUUCAAAUAUGAAAAAAAAUUGAGCCUAAUUUGAAUUUUUUGAAAAGUCAAGAUGUUCGGAACUUACUUUAACUAAGAUGGAAUUUCUUAAUAUUCACUUCUUUAAAAUAUUAUCCUUGAGUUCAGAAUAUAAAAAAUACUCCGGGAUUUUGACAAUAAUUGUAGAUAGAAACAAUUUUUAUACCAAAAAAUAUCACUAUAUUCCAGGAAACCAGCGAAUCUGUAAAAAAUCGAGCUCAAACACACACAGAUGAUGAAUGGGAUUUGGGAGAUCGAUGGUCAGAUCGAAGAGAUACAAUUCAUGUUCGCCCAACAACAAAUCAAAAUCGAAGCACACUUUUCGCACCCGCCACUUUACCCAGACAACAAACUCCUUUAACCGCUUGGAAACCUGAAUUGCCAACAACUGCUCCGGUUUCAAUUAUUCCAAGUAUGUCAACAACUUCGUUUCCUGAAACUAUCGCCGAUUUGACAACAGGUUUGCAGUUUUUAUUCGAUUUCAUGUUGAUGAUAAUGAUAUUUCAGAUACAAGUCAACCAUGUGAACCAAUUGUUGGAACUUUGAUAUCUGUCGGAGCACCGACUGAAGUUCCGAAUUCAUCAAAAGUGAAAAUAAUCGAUGAGCCGCUGAUUUUCAAAAAUCCUUCGGCUACAAAAAUCGAUUUUGUUGAAGGACCAAAAACUCCAAAACCGACAUCGAAAAAUUCAGGAAAAAAGAAAAUUAGAGGAAGUGUUGAACCGAAUGAUGAAUCAGAUUUGGAAACUGAUGGAUCUGAAGCUGAAAUGUUUGCCACUGAAAGUUGUGUGGAAAAAAAGAAAAAGGUUGGGAGGACUGUAUCUAGAUGUUAGUUUGCAACUUUGAAUUGAUUUCAGAAAGGAUUUGGACUUCGAUCUUCGCAUCCAACAAUUGCUGGAACCAGUGAAAGUGGACACAAAAAAUCAAGUAAGAUUUUUUUGGGGGGAAAGCCUAGAUUUUGGCCUAAAAAUCUUUAAUACAGUGUUUCUAAAAUCCUCAAAAUUAUUAGGUAAAAAUUUUUAAAAAUAGAAUUUAAAAUCUUUCUCAUUUUUUCCGUGCCUCAAAAAGUUUCCAAAAGUAAUAAUGUUUCAGAAGAAAAGAAAAAUAUUCCUUCGGUUUCUCAAAAACGCGCAAGCACUGGAGCAUUAAAUAAUGCAUCAUUUGUAAAUACAUCAUUUCAAUACGAAGAUAUGGAUUCCCCGCCGGUUCAAAAACUUUGA